AGCAGAUCCGUUCUUGGCCAAGCUAGAGAGAGAGAAUGCUGCCGCGGAGUUUGAGAAGAAGAAAAAGGAACGUGAGCAGUUGCAGGCAAAGGCCAACGAUGGAACAAUCACGUUGGGCACCGGUCCGUCUGCUCAGAAUAAGGGAGGAAGAAUAUGGUCACAGGCACCGAAAGUCGACAUGGGAAGUAAAAUUCGGCGUGAUAUUGAGGACCUUUUACGGCAACAUACCAUUUGGAACCCUUACGGGGUGAAGAUGUCGGAAAGUGAGCGCAAGGCGGCUGUUGAGGAAUUUGCCAACUUAGGGUUCCGCCGCAGCCACAUUGAAGAGGCUACGGUGGAAUGCAAAGACAAAGAGGAGGUUCUUGAGUGGCUCUUAGUAUACGUUCCAGAAGAUGACCUACCACGCUGGUGUCUUCCAGAAAAAUAUUCCGCCGGGGUGUCUCUUGCUACUAGUGAUGUAGCAAAGGAAGCUAAGAUCAGGCGGCUGGCCGCUAUCGGUUAUCCUAUCGAUUUCUGUUCUCAAGCCCUCGAUAAGAAAGAAGGCGAUGAACUUGCAGCGGCAGAGUUCUUGCAGAGCACAUUAAUUCAUGGUGACCGGACUUCUGCAGUCCCUACGUCAGAUGGAGAUGAUGAGUCCUGGGCGGAAGAGCAGACUACGCUAGAAGCUAUUUUCGCUGACCGUUAUACGCUAAUAUCCCCCCAAGUCUGUGAAAUAAAGAGCGAGGAGUCGAGCUUACCGCUGCCGGUUUUGUUUCGGUUUCAGAAACCGUCUGUUCAUUAUCCUUCAUCAACUCCGGUUAUAUCAAUCCAGGCACGAGAGAUCCCAGCAUACAUACGACUUAGUGCCAUUCGCCAAGUGAUACAGUAUGCAGAACAGAAUUUCCUGGGCGAGCCAAUGGUAUAUAACAUAUUAGACUGGCUGGAGACCAAUUUACCGCACAUUAUAGAAAAUCCAGGAAAGUUGCGAGACAUCUCAACAGUGAUGGCUCCUCCGUCCAGCGCCGGAGUGAUCUCAGCGCUUCCUGUACGCCAGUCACGCAAAGUCAAGAGAAGAAUCGACUGGCAACCAGGCUCAGACCGGAGUCUUGCAAUUCGCGAGGCUUUGGAAGCCAGGAAAUUGACCCCGAAACAACAGGAGAUGACCCGGAAACGAGAGUCGCUUCCCGCUUGGAAUGCACAAGAGGCUAUUAUAAAGGCCGUCAAUUCCAACCAGGUGACGAUUAUUUCUGGUGAAACAGGAAGUGGUAAAAGUACACAGUCAGUGCAAUUCGUGUUGGAUGAUAUGAUUAAACGUGGUCUUGGUGCCAUUGCCAACAUCAUCUGCACACAGCCUAGGAGGAUAUCUGCUCUCGGGCUAGCUGAUCGAGUAAGUGACGAACGCUGCUCGUCCGUGGGUGAAGAAGUUGGAUAUGCGAUCCGAGGAGACUCCAAGAUGAAGCCCGGUUUGACGCGAAUUACAUUCGUAACAACUGGAGUUUUGCUCCGUCGCUUGCAAUCCAGUAGUGGCCCCGACGGGAAUGUCGCUAGUUCACUGGCAGAUAUUACCCACGUUGUGGUCGAUGAAGUCCAUGAAAGAAGCCUCGACACCGAUUUCCUCCUGGCUCUUCUUAGAGACAUUCUUUGUUACCGCAAGGAUCUGAAGGUCAUUCUGAUGAGUGCGACUUUGGAUGCGGAUAUUUUUAUCGAUUAUUUUGGUGGCCGCCAGAAAGUUGGAUUGGUCAAUAUUCCUGGUAGAACAUUCCCUGUUCAGGAUUUCUACCUUGACGAUAUAGUCCGUGAAGUCGGAUUUGCUCCCGAAGCUACUGAACGAGACGACGAGGAAGAUUUCAAUUCUGAGAAAUCAGACGCACCACUGGGCAAGGUUCUUCGUAGCCUUGGUAUGGGGAUCAAUUAUGAGUUGAUCGCAUCCACCGUUCGGUACAUUGAUUCUCGCUUGGGUGAUCAACCAGGGGGCAUCUUGAUCUUCUUGCCUGGCACCCUGGAGAUUGAUCGAUGCUUGGCUGCCGUAAAGAAGAUCCCAAAUACUCAUCCACUCCCAUUACAUGCCUCCCUUCUCCCAACCGAGCAACGCCGUGUCUUCUUAACUCCUCCAAAGGGAAAGAGAAAGGUCAUCGCAGCCACGAAUGUUGCGGAGACAUCGAUUACUAUUGAAGACGUUGUUGCGGUUAUAGAUACCGGCAGAUUGAAGGAGACCAGUUACGAUACAAAGGACAACAUGGUCAGACUGCAGGAAGUUUGGGCGUCACAAGCGGCAUGUAAACAGCGACGCGGACGUGCUGGCCGUGUAAGGGCCGGAUCGUGCUAUAAGCUUUACACUCGGAAAGCCGAAGCGAAUAUGGCACCACGACCAGAUCCUGAAAUCCGCCGCGUCCCACUUGAGCAAUUGUGCCUUUCUGUAAAGGCAAUGAAAGGCAUUGGUGAUGUCGCUACAUUCUUGGCUCAUACAAUAACUCCUCCCGAAAGUGUUGCCGUCCAAGGUGCCCUGCACUUCUUACAUCGUGUGGGAGCCCUAGACCACGACAGGCUGACUGCGCUCGGUCGAUAUCUGUCCAUGAUUCCCGCCGACCUGCGGUGCGCGAAACUUAUGAUAUACGGAUCGAUUUUUGGGUGUAUGGAUCCGUGUAUUUCUAUUGCAGCUAUCCUCACUGUGAAGAGCCCAUUCGUUUUGCCUCGAGACAAGCGGGAAGAGGCAGAUGCUGCAAGAGCGCAGUUCUCCACAGGUGAUGGUGAUCUCCUCACAGACCUAUCUGCCUUCCAGCAGUGGUCUGAUCGAGCAAGAAGACAGGGAUACUGGCAGACACAGGCUUGGUGCACGGCUAAUUUUCUAUCUCAUCAAACCCUCCGCGACAUCUCAUCAAAUCGAGCGCAGUUUCUGACAUCAUUGAAGGACACUGGCAUUCUUCCUGUUGACUAUCCAGAUUCAGAACAUGCAUCUGUCUCUGUAUCUUCUCGAUGGAAUCGCAAUUCAGGAAAUCGGAGACUCCUCCGAGCUCUUGUGGCCGGCGCUUUCCAGCCACAAAUCGCGCAGAUAUCAUUCCCAGACAAGAAGUUCACCAGUUCAAUAACUGGUACAGUUGAGGUAGAUCCUGACGCUCGAACGAUCAAAUACUUCAAUCAAGAAAAUGGACGCGUCUUCAUCCAUCCUAGUUCCAUCUUAUUCUCCGCACAAAACUACGCCGGGGCCGCGUCUUAUCUGAGUUACUUUACAAAGAUGGCUACAAGCAAGGUCUUCAUCCGUGAUUUGACCCCCUUCAACCCUUACUCACUCCUUCUAUUCUGCGGCCCCAUCACUCUCGACACAACGGGCCGCGGUCUCAUCGUUGACGGCUGGCUCCGUCUACGCGGCUGGGCACGUAUUGGUGUCCUCAUAUCCCGGCUACGGCUAAUGCUCGAUGAAGUUCUAGCGUCCAGAAUCGAUAAUCCUGCCCUUGGACCAGCGGCUGGGAGAGCCAGCUCCUCCCCAGCUGGAAAUGGAACUCCCACAAAUAUAGACGAUAGGGUAAUUGAGAUCGCGAAGCGUUUGAUCGAGUUCAAUGGGCUUGAUCAGUGAUUUCUCUCAUUUUUUGUCUUUGUAUGUCCUAUUCAGUCGGCCACCUCUUUUGAUUACUUGGGUUUUCUGGAUAUCUUUCUAUGCAAAAACGCAGCAUUGGACUGGCUGGUUGGAUAUACGCUUUAAAGAUUAGGUAUUAUCGUCCGUAAAUAUCUAGAUAGAGGCUAUGUUCGCAUACGUAGAUCCUUUCUUCUUUUUCUCCUUCUCCACGCUUGAAGUUCUCGUCGUUAGCUGCCUAGAUAGUUGAAUAGCAUCCUAUUUACCCUCUAGUUGAGCUCCGCGACAGAGAGAGCACAUACAUCAUACAGCUCUGUGUUGGGAAAACUGUCGAAGGAUACUGUCAUGUCAUCUAACCUUGAAUUCUGUUGAUAUGCCUCUUACCAACCAUCAUGGCUUGUUCCUCUGAAUAUCUGCCCCAGGUAUAUCACUCAUGUCCAGUUGAUUUGCUGCAGUCUAGCUACAUCUUCGUCCAGCAAUCAAUCAUGUGUCUUAGAGAGUCCAGUUUUAAUGCACGUGGGGUCUCUGUCUUAGGUCUAAUGUUUUUAAUCUCUUCUUGUACCAAAUCUUCCCAUGUGAAGUCAAUCGACUGAGACUGGUAAUUUUUGGGGGCGAGAAAGAGUACCUUCAAAUGAGAGAGGAAAGAAUCUGAGCCCAAACUUGAGAUGAGUGUGUCAGGUGAUAGUUGCUGUUUCGCUGCCAUUUUUGGCCGCAUAUGACGCUGAAAACGGCAGCGAAACAGCAAAACGAAAUUCUAUGUGUAUAAAAUCCUGUAUAAUGACAUAUAGAACAUAAUUUUUUAUCAUUGUCAGGCGUCUCUGAGUCGCUCGCCUUGAUGCUUGAAAAUAGGUAAACCGCUGCUCCUGUUAAGCACCAGUUUUCGCCUUAGGAUAACUAGAUAUCUUUCAUCAUGGAACUGGUCUUAAGAUAAAGAAGAAAUGACCAAGAUAGUCACGGUAAUACUUAUUACAAUAUAUCCUCCCAGUUAGGAGUCACAGUAAACUUCCCACUCAACUGGCCCAUAGCCCACACCUUCCGUUCCUCGCCCAUGGCAUCCGCCGACGACGACGGGCUAUCGUCUGACACCACCAAUGCCUCCUGCAGAAAGCCCACGGCAGUAGCCCGGUCAAGUUCGAAACUGAUCCCGCCCCAAUUCAUCGUCACGCGUCCCGAGGCGUGGACGUUUAGUUUCCCGACUCGUCCGGCCCCGAGACGUCGGUCUGUUGCUGUUACGAUGGGUGGUGGUUUUGAUUCGGGGGCGCUUUGUUCUUCCUCGCCAACUUCGACGAUUUCUUCGCCGUUUCUUUCGCGCUUUAUGCUCGGGCCUGUGUUAGUAUUUACGUUUGUGGUGCCGUCAGGUGCUGCUUCGGUGGAUUCUAUCUCGGGGCCGCUGCCAACGCCGUACUCGGAUAGGUUGGGAGUCAUAGGUGGGAAUUGCAUGAGGAAUAACUGUCCCGAAAGUUUGUCUUUGCUCGCGUCUUCUUCUUCUGGCGUUUUCUCUGCAUCUUCUUCGGGUUUGUCGCCAGCUGCUGCUGCUGUUGUUGUUGCUGCUGGUUCCUUGUCUGGUUGUUUCGCCUCCACGGCAAGUAGUUUUUUCACUUCUUCCAGAUCCCGGAUGUGUCUCUCGUAUUCCUCAAUAUCUUCAUUCGUGCGUAAAAGGCUUCUCGGGUCCACGGGGGCUGGCGUUUCGGACUCCUGCUCCCGUUCCCGCAUUUCCUCGGUAGUUAGUCUGCCGCGUACUUUCACCGUCUGCUCCGGCAGAAAGCCGUCAUCAGUGAUCAUGGAAUCAUCGCCGGCUAGAGGGACUGCCGCUGGAUUGAUCCCAUCAUCGUCCCUGGGCUCCUCCUUGAUACGCAGUUCUGCCUUGGGGGUUGCGGUGGUUUCCGUGUCUUGUUCAACGAAUAGAGCGUUAUCCUGUUCCUUAUUCUUCUUCUCUUUUUCGCGAACUUCGGCGGAUUUAUCUGUGCUAGAUUCCAUGUUCACGCUGACCACCCGUUCCUUGUGUUCGUGCCACUCGACUCGGACAGGUCGUAGUCCCUUCUCUGGCCUCACCACGUGCUUCACAGGGGUCUUCCCUUUGAUAUUUUCUUCAUCACUCUCAUUGUCACUGAGAUUGAUCGCGUCAAUAUCCACCCUAAGACCGGAGUCGCUCUCAUCCGACGAGUAUCCUUCAUAACCGAUCCUGCGAGAACCCAUGUCGAUAACUGACCUCGUCUGACUCCUCCGCGACACUGACGAAUGUCUGGAAUCAACAGUAAACCGCGCGCCCCCACGACCCCGUCCCCUCCCAGCCCCGCCUCUACCACCACGCUGGAAGGGCCCUCCCCGACCUCGCAUUUUGGCCGCAGCCUCGGCCAGUCUUUCACGAUGUCUCUCUGCUUCGAGUUUCUCGAUCGCCUCACGCUCCUCUUUGCUGCGCCGUACCACGGCACGCGGUUGGUAUUUCAGGGUCGGCUUCGAAGGCUCGCCCUUCAACGGAGUCGGUCUCGCGGACGGCGUAAUGCUUCCUGAGGGCGGGUCACGUUUCUUGAGUGAUUGGAGUCGUUGUACGCCUGGUCGAGUUGAGGGACCGGGACCGGGACCGCCUGCGGUCGUCGUCGUUUGAGAUUCAGAAGCAUUCUGGGGACGAGCAUUUGGUCCAGUUGCAGUUGCUGCUGCGGACUCCGUCUUUCGAGCUGGAGCUGCUCGUCGAGGGGCGGCUUUAGGUGGCAUGGUUGGGAUGUGAGUAUUUUUUUUCCUUUGGUUUCCUGUUCUCAGCCUUUCUCUAAUUAUAUCCUUCUAAUAUCGCCACCUGAAAUGUUCGACCUGAAAAAUGCGAAAGAAAGGGUUACUGUCACUCCGCGGACAUAGAGGUCAAAAGAGGGGCAUUCGCUGGGUUCCGUGUCCCAGUACCAGCGCAACUCGGUUUCAAUGAAAAAGGAGUGUCAAAAAUUAUGGAUAUAAUAGACAAAGACUCCAGUAAUAAUGAUAGAAGUGUAGGGAGGCCUGAGGCAAGCGACGGGCACUGCGACGCUGUGAAUCUCUCUGGGACGAUCGAUUAAUUGAUUGUCGCGGAAAAAAGAGAAGCGCAAACUCCGCGCUAAGCCUUUUGCGGUAAAGGCGGUCUGUUAAGAACUAUAUCACGUGUGAUAAGAUAAGGAUCGAUGACGUCGGUGACUUCGAUUCAUCCCGGAUUUUCUUCCAAAAAGGCGUUGAUUACGGUUUGUUUUACUCUGAUAAUCUCGAUUAAUUUGAGAAACAAGAAUUGAGAAGGAGCCCUGUAGUCCUUUGUUAAGAG